GUUAAUCAAUUUUAGAAAAGACAAAUAUCAACAAAAGAAUUAUAACUUUAAUGGUCAAUCUAAUGGUCAACUGGUCAAAUUCUUGUUUACAUAAAUGAAUCUUUUUCUAUUUCUGCGCUUAUUACCUGAGAUCUGACAUGAUGAUAGGUUAAGAUGAUUGGAUUCUGUUCAAUAGGAAAGAACAUCAAUGUUAAAUGAACCAUAGAAUUGAGAUGAAGAAAGAGGCUGACAAGAUAAUUGUGAUGAUAUUCAAAGAGAGAGAGAGAGUUAAAAGUUGAUUUAACUUGACAAAAGAUGAUGACGAUUGCGAAGAUGAAACAACGAGAUUCACCAGUUCCAGAUCAAUUUUCAUCUGUUCAUUUUUAUUCUGGUAAAAGUCAAUAAUAUUCAUGAUGGACAAUUUGGUUGAUUCAAUGGAUUGAAAUGCGAUAACUUGAUUCUUUUACACCAUUAAUUCAGUGGAAAUGUUCAUGUUCGAUGCCCUCUCACAUUACACGUAAAUCUAAGCCUUAAUUGGUGUUUUCUUUUUAUUCUCAUCUUAUCUCAUCUCCAAUCUUUAAAUCUACCAGAUUAAAAUGAACAAUUAUCGGGAUAAAAUUUAAUAAGAGUAGUUAACUCAACAUUAACUCCAAUUAAAUUCAAUUGAGUUGCUGCAUGAAAAUAAUAAUCUCAGAAUCAACUGACCAAUUUAAUGAUAGUUAAUGAUCUAUAAUUUUUGAAACUUUAUCAACUAAAGAGUAAAAGUAACUCAAUAUAAUUUGAUCACAAUGAAAGUGUCAUUUUCUGACUCAAUUUACUCCCAAGUGACCAAUUGAUGGACAAAAGCAAAGCAAAUCAUAUGAUGAACAUCAAAUUUUCAUUCAAUCAAUAUUCUGGCUGAGUAAACAAUAUAUGUUGCGCAGCAUCAAAUUCACAUGAUAAAACUUCAUCUUCAUCAUCACUUUUAUCAUCAUCCUAUUUAUGUUAAAUGGUUGUUGAUCCUCCUCACCUUGUCCAUUGAAUAUUAAUCUAUCCAAUGGCAUAUAAAUGGACAUCAACUUAUCCUCCUCUCAAAUGUUUCAUCAUUGUUAACUUUAUUCAUUCAGAAUAUCAUGAAUUAUGAAAGGACCAUGAAAGGAUAGUUUUGUCAUUCCAAAUGAAAAUGAACACAACAAAUGAUUUCACAUUUAAGAGAUCUGCAACAUAUUCGAUAUCUCCAAGAGAAUGUAAGAACUGGUUCGGUUCAAAUGAACCGCUUUUUUCUGUUUUCCAAACGAUCAUUUUAUUGGCUUUUUCAAUUCCCGCGAAUUUCAAUAUAACAAAAUAUUCGAACAAAUUUUUGGUCAUUUUCGGCUAUGCCAUUGGUUUGAUUUGGAUAAAUUAUCGAUCAAAUGAUGAAUGGAUCUAUGGUUUAGACUCAAUAAUUAAUUGGUAUUCGCUUUUUCUGCUCAUCAACGGUGUCCAGUUGAUCUACAUGUUUGUCCAAAGAUUUUUCAAUAAAAUUCCUCAGCAUCUCGUUGAACUUUUUUCAUCCGUAUUCCAGCCUUUGGGUGUUGCACCGAGAGAUUUUCUAGACUUGGUGAAAUUGGGAACAAUCAAAUACUUGCCUGCUAAUCAUAGAUAUUCAAGUGAAGGCUCAACAAGAAUCGGUCAAAGUAUCUCAAUUCUUUUGACUGGAAGUCUUCAGGUUACAUUCAACAGAAUCUUGAUCCAUACAAUUGAACCCAAUGAGUUUGUUGAUUCUGUAGAAUUCAAAUAUCAGUCAUGUUAUUUCAACAAAACGUCUUCAUCUUCAUUGCACCAAAGUGUAAGACAUCAUCAAGUGGAAAAUCUCCAACAUGAAGAUAAUCAAGAGGAAACGAGUUUUGUUGUGCCCGAAGGCGAUGAUGGAAAGUAUCUACUUCCUAGAGAGUUUGAUAAGUUCCAAGUUUCAAUAACAGCCAUUGAGUCAUCGAAAAUAAUCACAUGGGACAUCGAAAGUUUUGUAGAUCUGUUAGAAACUCGUGAUCGAUUGAAAUCCGUAGUUUAUGCUUUCAUUGGAAAAGACGUUAUUCACAAGAUUUAUGGUCAAUAAUUCUCAUUGCUAAUUAGCUUGUAAAUUGUUAAACGAUUACAGCUUCAAGUUCAAACUGACUUAAAUUGCGACUCACAAUUGUAAGCAUUUUAACUAAUUAAACAAACGAGAAUCAUUUUGAACAAA